CGCGCUCCCGUGGAGGUUUUCCCAAAGGCAGUCAGCAGCUCUGAGUCACAGCCGCAGAUAAACAGAGAGCAACCGGAGGUCGGAGUCCCCAUUCCCAAUUAUGUCAAACACUGGACUUAUUCAGCGCAUCCGCGACCGUCCCCAACCUCCAACACCGAUACUAGCAUGCUCAAAGUUGUUUUUCUGUGUCAUGCCCAUUGCUCAGAUUGCACUUGGUGCAGUACAUCUGGAUGACUGUCCGCGGCAGCGCUACAUCCCCAUCUAUUUGAUAGUGGGGGGAGUCUUUGGCCUGGUGCUGGCGCUCCUCUCCUGCCUGCCGUGCGCCCAAGAGCCCAAAGACGGCACCACCAACCCACUCAGUCGAGUCUGCGCCACCUGGAACUCGCUGACGUCUUGCUUCCUCUUCUGCUGGUUUAUCACCGGUAACGUGUGGAUCUACUCUAUUUACGAGCCCAACUACAACAAGAACACAACAGAUGUGGAUCCCUACUGCAACAAGACCCUGUACCUGUUUGCCUUCUGGACCACCACCUUGGUUUUCAUCUGACUGUGUCUGUUCCUGGUAGGCGGCUGCUGCGUGCUCGUCUGCUUCUGGAUUUGCGGCCGAGCCGACGCCGAUGACAUCUAGAGACGAACAAAACCAAAGAGGAGUGGGGAUGCGUCUUGUGGGGCUGCACACGACGCUGUUAGUUUGUCUGUUGCACAUGUACGAAGGCCCAUUUGCACUUUUCUAUUGUACCUUCACAGAUUUGACCAAAUUCAAAUCUUGUCCUCAUUAGACAUCAAGGUCCAGUUUUCUUAAAGUUUCCCUUUAAGACCGUGUGAAGUUAAUGUUUCGUACUUUGCAACACAACACUAAUUUGUCCCAGCCUUGGAGUAGACACAUGCCGAACUCCCACGUUGCUGUAGAUUUUAACACUGAUUAUAAAUCUCUGUAAGUGUUUUCUUAAUGCUGAGCCCUUUCUACCUCUGCAGAAGCUGCACUGCAUUCUUAUAGAAAUAGAAAGAUCCUUUCUCUCUCACAGCCUUUCCAAAAGAGAUGUACUGUUUACAUGAGGAGCUUAAAUUUGUACAGGAUAAAGUGAUAUAAAUGUGUGUUCUUUGUGAAUUAAUUCAUUUCUUUUUACUUUAAUACUCAUGUUUGUUGAUAAUUUGUGUAAGGAAGGACAUGAACCAAUCAUACUCCACACAGUUCCCAUCAUGCACUUUACUAAUCAAUGAUUUCUUAUAUGUUAAA